AUGGAGAUGACAUUGGGCACUGAGAGCAAUGUUGCUGUGGGCAAAUCAAGGCUGGCAGCAGUCGCACAGAGGAGGCGCAUGGCCAGUGCGAGGCAUUGGGAUUGCAGAAGGCUGCUAGAGAUCGCAGAUUUCAGCUUGUGUUGUGGGCAGACUGGCGAUGUGAGUGAAUAUCUGCAGUGUGACAACAGUUACUUGCCUUUCCUUCAGUCUAGGAAUGUUUUGUGGCAUACUACUUGUUUCCAUGUCGAGCUUUAUGAGAAGGUUUGUGCUCACAGUUGUGGAGGGUUCUGUUGUACGAGGGUUGUACGAGGGUUCUGUUGUAUCACAAAGUACGAAGGCCACAUUGGCAACAGAACGACAAGGCUAUGUGGUGAUUUGCAGGGGCAGGUUGCAUGCUGCCAUGUGCUGCAGCUGAGAGCUUCAUGUGGGUGGGAUGUGUAUGUGUGGAUGUCGGGGGUGGGGACGGGGGCCAUGCGCUUUGUGAGGUUCAGGCUGUUUCAGUCUCAGAUGCCAUGGAUCCACCAUUUGCUCUUGAAUGUCCAGCCUCAACGCCUGGACAGUGACAGUCUUGAGUUGUUCUUCAUCUUUUUAAGUCCAUGGCGAAUCAGUUCUUUUGCGGGCGCUGCCUCCACCCCAAGCCCGCAUCUGUGUAGGCUCUGGCAACUUUGA